UGCUUCCUCACACGAAAGCCUUCCCGGACUGGACGGCUAUCAGUUUGGUAUGACAUCCGGCAAAGCGAAACAACCUGGCCCACUAGCGAUGGAUGGAUAUCAAUCGCGUGCAUAUUCGUAUGCUUAUCCCUCGCCGAGCGAGUUUUCGGAGGACCCGCCAUUCGCGUCCGACUUCGAGAUGGGAGCUUCAGAACACGGUUGGGUGGAUGCCACGGGUCCACUCCUGGUUGAACGACGAGAAGGGGCUCGAGACACCUUGUGGCGGAUCUGGCGUUUGCUCUGGCGUCUGUCGACCAAGAUCCGUCUUUUCCCUUUCUCUCACGUUGACGGGAAUUGGCCGAUCGGACGUGUCUCGGAGUGGUCUCUUGGGAUUAAACAUCGCUCUCGCACUUGUGCUGCAGGAGAGCAUGGGGCAACUGCAUGGUGUGGGGACGACGAGCCGUCUUGCAGGCGACCAUGCGUCAGCCAUCGCGUCUGCUCUCGCACCGUCCAUCACUUCACGUGGCCACACCCAUCUCAAAUCAUCGUAUGGCUGGCUUCUUCUCGCUAUCGAGCCGAUUAUCGUGCAUUGGAGCAAUCGACGGUCUUUCGUGCGCGUGUGGCCCGCAGCUCAUGUGAGUCGCGCGACGGAAGACAGGCAUGGAUGUUGCUAUCUCUGCUGUGCACAUCAGACCGCACAGCAGGGAUGUGGCCUGCUGAUGGGCGGUCCGGCCACUCGGUCUAUCAUUGGGUUCCGUCUUGCCCCGGGGCCUGCAGGCGUGCAGUGCAGAGAUUCACGCCCACCCACUCAGACGAUGAAAUGAAGGGCUAUUACUGUGUAUAUGCGCCCGGGCAGCAGGGAAGAAGCUUGCACGGCAUAACCUUGUAUCCGCGCCUUCAGCAUUGGUGUGCUGCUCCCCAAGGAACUUAUGAGACCAUGCGUGCUACCCC